AGUAUUGACAGCAGUCACUACCACCCAACUAACAACCCGACCAGCCACCAACGUUUAUGUGCGAGCGACCACAAACCCAUCAACUACCCUUCUCUUCCCUCCUCAUUACAUAUCGCCCUUCCACCAAAUCAAUCCCUCAUCCUCGUUCUUAUCGCCCUCAUCUAAUCUCCCAUCUCUGUGUGCGACUACAGAAAUCUCUGGGUGAUUUGAGAUGGCGAGGAAGAAGAUCAGAGAGUAUGAUUCAAAGAGACUCCUAAAGCAGCAUUUGAAGAGACUCGCUGGGAUCGAUCUCCAGAUCUGCUCUGCACAGGUGAACGAAACCACAGACUUCACAGAGUUAACAAACAAAGAGCAAUGGCUUUCAUCUUCAAAACUUGUGGUGAAACCAGACAUGUUGUUUGGUAAACGUGGGAAGAGUGGUUUGGUAGCUCUGAAUUUAGAUUUGGCUCAGGUUGCUGAUUUUGUAAAAGGACGUUUAGGUGUUGAGGUUGAAAUGGAGGGAUGUAAAGCUCCGAUAAGCACGUUCAUUGUUGAACCGUUUGUCCCCCAUGAUCAAGAGUUCUAUCUUUCCAUUGUGUCUGAAAGGCUUGGAUCCACAAUUAGCUUUUCAGAAUGUGGGGGUAUAGAAAUUGAAGAGAAUUGGGACAAGGUCAAAACUGUGUUCAUCCCAACUGACAAACCUAUGUCACUGGAAGUAUGUGCCCCAUUGAUUGCUACCCUUCCAUUGGAGAUUCGAGGAAAAAUAGGUGAUUUCAUCAUUGGAGUAGUUUCUGUAUUUGAAGAUCUUGAUUUCUCUUUCAUCGAGAUGAAUCCAUUUACUCUUGUCAAUGGAGAACCGUAUCCUCUUGAUAUGAGAGGAGAGUUGGAUGAUACUGCUGCCUUCAAGAAUUUUAAAAAGUGGGGCGAUAUUGAAUUUCCUCUUCCUUUUGGACGAGUUAUGUCUCCAACUGAAAGCUUUGUUCAUGCAUUGGAUGAAAAGACAAGUGCAUCUCUGAAAUUUACAGUCUUGAAUCCAAAGGGAAGAAUAUGGACCAUGGUGGCUGGAGGUGGUGCAAGUGUAAUUUAUGCCGACACUGUUGGAGAUUUGGGUUAUGCAUCAGAGCUGGGUAACUAUGCUGAAUAUAGUGGAGCACCAAAUGAAGAGGAAGUGCUGCAAUAUGCUAGAGUUGUUAUUGAUUGUGCAACUGCAGAUCCUAAUGGACGUAAAAGAGCCCUUCUUAUAGGAGGUGGUAUUGCAAACUUUACUGAUGUAGCCGCUACUUUCAGUGGAAUCAUUCGGGCACUCAGAGAGAAGAAAUCUAAGCUAAUUGCAUCGAGGAUGCACAUAUAUGUUAGGAGGGGCGGUCCCAAUUAUCAAACCGGGCUCGCAAAGAUGCGUGCAUUGGGUGAGGAACUUGGUGUUCCUCUUGAGGUUUAUGGACCUGAGGCUACAAUGACUGGAAUUUGCAAGCAGGCGAUCGAUUGUGUCAUGUCCGAAGCAUAAACAACUCAAAGAAAAAACUUCUCCUUUUCGAAUUAGCUUCCUUUUUAAUGUUUUCAUCGUCAAACUAUUGCAACAUUUUGUCAUAAGAGGACCCAUGUCGAAUAAAUGUUUUUGCUUUGCUUCUUUAAUUAAAUAAGGACGUUAUUUCUUUUAAGAUGUGGUUGAUGAAUCUUUGUAGUAAGUAAAAUUUCAUGUGAUUUAUCCUCUA